AUGUCCCGCUACUUCCCGCACACGGCUUACGCAGAAGACCAGCCCCUCUCCCACACGAUCCUGGGAGUCCACGUCCUCAGCCGGGGCUACACCACCGGCGCGAUAGUGGGUCUCGGCGCCGUGUCCGCCGGCAGUCUGCCACGUCUCCUCCGCAAGACGGGCACAGCCUCCGCCGUUGGGCUGGGGCUCAUGGGCCUGGCCCUCGCAGGGAGGAUGCAAGGGCGCGAAGACAUUGAGUGGCGUGACCGCGCGUGGAGAUUGCUCGAGAACCCGGGGCAGUUGGAAACGGACGACUGGACGUACGGAGGUGCCGCGGCGGGGGUUGUCGCGCUUGGGGCGUGGCGGCUGGCGGGAGCCAAGGGAGUCGGCGGGCUGAGGGCGGCUGCUGGGGCGGCCGGGCUGGGAAGCGUCGCGGGGACGGUUGGAUACAUGAUCUGGAGGUAUGGAAUGCACGCUGGGAAGUUUCCGGAGUAUGUUCCGGUUGAAAAGGUUGAGUUCGGGAGGGUAUGA